AUGUCUCAAGAUACUUCCGGUGCCACUGCUACUGGCGAUACAAACACAAACACUGGGUUCUGGACGGAACUCGACUCAUGGAAGACACCCGUCACCAAGGAAGUCGGCCCUACAGUAGAAGUCGGAUCUAAAGCGCCAUGGUCUCAAUAUCUCCGUUUACCAGAUGGAAAACCUACAUUAGUAGUAUUCCUCCGCCACUGUGGAUGCCCUUUUGCUGAGAAAACCUUCAGGUCUCUUACCGACCUCUCAGACAAGGUCCCAAAUGUCCACUGUAUUGCUGUCUCCCACUCAUCAGAAGAAGCCACAGACAAAUGGCUGCCUCAAGUCGGUGGUACUUGGAACGUUGACAUGGUAAUCGAUGAGGAGCGAGAUCUGUAUGCCAAAUGGGGUUUGGGUAUCUCAUCGACAUGGCAUGCUGUGAACCCCUUCACAAUGUGGAAUGUAUUCAGUCUCGGUAAGAAUGAGGGCAUAUGGAACAGACCGACAGAGAGCGGCUCGCGAUGGCAGACAGGCGGGGCUUUUGCUGUUGACCGUGAUGGAACUGUCCGUUGGGUGCAGGUGGCAAGAACAGCAGACGAUAUGCCUGAUCUCAAGGCGGCCAUGACCGCACUUGGAUUCCCACCUCCAGAGGACAAACGCCGUUCUAGACACGAUUUCUAA